UUUCAAAUUUGUAUUUAGUACUAUUUAGUCGGCUUGUGGAAGUUUGGUAGAGUUUCCAUGUGUUCGAUGUUUUCUGUUUGUUAACCGCCAGAUUUGUUAUUACAUUUUAAUAAAAUGAGUAUUACAAGUGAAGAAAAUAACGUGCCAGAAAUGAGAAAGGAUGAUGAUAUAUUUAAUAUUCUUGUAGCAACAGAUAUCCAUUUAGGUUUUGAAGAAAAAGAUCCUAUAAGAGAUCAGGAUACAUUUGAUACACUUGAAGAAAUUUUGCAAAUUGCAGACGCUGAACAGGUAGAUUUUAUUCUAUUAGGAGGAGAUUUAUUUCAUCAUGCUCAACCUAGCCCUUACUGCAUUUACAGAUGCACCGAACUUCUAAAAAAGUAUUGCCUUGGGGAUAGGCCAGUAGAAAUUGAAUUUCUUUCAGAUCCAACCCAUAAUUUUUCUACUCUACAAAAUCCAACGGUUAAUUAUGAAGAUCCAAAUUUAAAUAUAUCUAUUCCUGUAUUUUCAAUUCAUGGCAAUCAUGAUGACCCUACUGGUCAAAGGCAAAUAUCUGCUAUGGAUUUAUUAGCUACUACGGGGCUGCUAAACUAUUUUGGGAGGUGGAGUAAUCAUGAAAUGGUGGAAAUAGAACCAAUUUUGCUGAAGAAAGGUCAGACAAAAUUAGCUUUAUAUGGAUUGUCUCAUAUUAAAGAUGAAAGACUUGGGAGGUUGUUUCUCGACAAAAAAGUAAAAAUGUUAGCACCAGACGAUGAUAAGGAUUGGUUCAACUUAUUAGUUUGGCAUCAGAACAGAGCCACUAGAGGAGUAAAAAAUUUUAUUCCUGAUGAUACGCUUCCUAAAUUUUUAGAUUUAGUUAUUUGGGGCCAUGAACAUGAUUGUAGAAUAGAACCUGAAAUGAAAACAAAUGGUGUAUAUAUUUCUCAACCUGGUAGUUCUGUUGCAACUUCAUUGGCAGCUGGUGAAGCGAUACCAAAAAAAAUUGGUAUUUUAAAAAUACAUAAAAAAUCUUUCAUAAUGACACCAAUUGAACUUAAAACAGUGCGGCCCUAUAUAUUCGACGAGGUAGUACUAAAAGAACUAAACGAAAUGGAUACCGAAGAUAAUGGUCUCACUUAUAGUGAAACAACAGUGGAACUAGUGAAAAAUAAAAUAAACAAUAUGAUCCAAGAAGCGAAACAAUUAGGUCGAACACAAAAAGUAACUCAGAAGCCAUUAAUUAGGCUCAACGUGAAAUAUAGGGAUGAAAGACAGCUUUUUAACACAAUUCGAUUUGGCCAGACGUAUGUAGGACAGGUUGCAAAUCCUGAGGACAUGGUGAAGUGCCAACCUAUCAAAAAUCCAGUUAGACAGAAUAAAAGUGACGUAUAUGAUAUGCCAGAUAUUAUAGCGGAUAGAGUGGAGGACAUAGUGUUGAAACAUUUUAAUGAUAAUGAUAGUUUACUGUGCUUUUCAGUAUAUCCCCUUAACGAGGCAGUUAAAAAAUGUAUUGAUUCAAAUGAUCCCGAGGCUACAGCACUAAUUUCAGAUCAUUUCAUUAAGGAAACUAUUGAAAAAUUGGAAGAGAGCAUGCCAGAAAUAGAAGAGUUAGACAAAUUUAUUGACGAUUUAAAAAGGUCUAGGCAGCAGGAUAGUGCAAGUUUUGUACACAAAAUAUUGAAUGAUCCAAACCGAGUGAAACAGCGUUACUCAAGUAGUGAACUUGAUCUAGAUGAUGAAGAUAAUAAUGAUAGCAAUAUCGUUAAAAUAGAUGAUGACGAUGUAGUGUCCGGCACUUCAAGUAAACCUCACAGUGGUCCAGGAUCUAGGGGUCGUUGGGGCUCUAAUACUAGUAGAGGAUCCAGUGCAGUUAGAGCUACCAGAGGAACACGUAGAGGAAGAGGAAGAGCAAAAUAAAAGACAUUUUUGCUAUUCGUCUUGAAUAUAUUUACUUUGAAUACACAUCUAAUGCUUGCAUGUCUAUAAAAAAUAAUCAAAAUAUAGUUUAUUUCAUUCCAUAUUUGUCGUACAAAUGUAUUACUCAAUUUU